AUGGCAUUAGUGCAUACAGUCUCUAUCGAGACCGCGACGACGAACCCGGCACUUCUUGGCGCCUUCGUCCGAUACGUUCCGCCCAUACUCGACUCCAGCCCCUCCUUAACCGCCACCGUCGCCUGCUGUCUCGAAGCAUGCAAGCAGAAAGAGCUGCAUCCUACACAACGCAAGGUCUUGGACAUUGGACUAUAUGGUCAUGCUCUCAAGAGCAUUCAUAUCGCACUACAAGACCGGGGGCAAAGGGACAGCGACGCGACAUUUCUCGCAGUAGUUCUGAUGCAGCGUCUGGAGACGGCGUUGGUCACCAAAGGCAUAGCGCGAAUUCCUUGUUGGUCUGUGCACGCAGGAGGUGUGAGCGAUCUGUUACGAUAUAGGGGUGCGUUCGACCCAAAGAAUAAGUUGAUCUUUGAGGCGAUGCUGGAGAAUAUUGGACCCAUUGUUGCGCAUUGGAUAGAAAAGGAGGAAGAUUGCUUUCUGGAGGCGCCAGAGUGGCAGGUCGUUCUUCAAUGUAGAGAAGACACGAAAUUGGCCGAUCGAAUUCUACUUGGGGUUGUAGGACAGCUGAUAUUUCUUCCGCGCUUGUUGAGGAUGUUCCGCGAGGCGCGUGAUGAUCACGGAAGCGUAGAGGGUGCGAUGGAUCUGGCCAUGAGCAUGGCGGUUGCGCUACGCAACGUCGACAAUAUGCUCGAAGACAAGUUAUUCCAAGAUGUAUCGAUUGUUUCUAGAAGCAACGCCGGUUGGGAUGCUCCAGUGAACUGCUUCUACGAGGAUGUCAAGCAGAAAGAUGCCCGAGCAAUCUGCUGGCACGUCAUCCUGAGCAUAAUCAUCAACAACGCUCUCGUUGCACUGAUUGGAUUGAAAGCUCGUAGCGGCUGCUCCAAAGACUUCUCUGGCUGUGUUGAGGAGCUGAAGAGGUAUAACUUGAUUCUGAGCCGUAGAGCAUGGAUGCUCGCCACGGAAGCCAGGCAAUGCGGCCUGAUGGUGUAUUACUUCUACACCGGCGCUCUUGUUACUUCAUACAAAAGCGCUCAGUCGGCAGACCACCAGAACUGGAUCAUCAGCUUGUUGAACGAGCUUCAUCGAAGCGACGAGUCCGACGCCUUAUGGACGCAUGAGAUUGUGGAACGCUCAAGUCGAGCGUUUACGGCAUCAGUGUAA